AUGUCGACCCUCCACGCCCUCUCUUUGCUACGGAAAGCCAGAUCCACCAUAGCAACGCGAUCCACAAAGGCUGAGGCUCCUCCACCACUCGAAUCUCAUGCUGACCACUCUCAUCAGUCCCACGCCCACAAUAAUCACAAGACUAUCACCACACCCUUACCCACCACACCAAAAGACGAGUUUGCUUUGUCGCAAUCAAACUCGACCAAUUCACCUACAACCACCACCUCCAGCCUUUUUGAUCAAGCUACCAGAAAGUGGUCAAAGCCAGGCUCCAAACCUCGCAAUCCCAGUCCUACUCCCAUCCAGCCAACCCUCGCGCCUAGUGGAUCGCCUGUCGGUGGUCUCCGACGUCGCUUGACACGAAAAGCUUCUACAUUUACCUUGCGCCGCCGCCGUCAUAAAGUCGACUUGAAACCUCACACCGAGCCUCGUCAAGACUCACAAGAUCUACUCCACUAUCGAGAUCCUCUUUCUCACAGCCUCACCCUCGACCCUCUCCAAGCGCAGACCACCAAGGCUGUGGUAGACUCGGGCUUCAAAUCAAUUCACCCAAGAGCUUCCACGAGCACCUCAUCCCUGUCGACCGUACGUCCAACCUGCAUCUCUGCUGGUACGGUUAUCGACUGCGAGCCCCAAGAACAGAAAGAUAUCCCUGCUGAAGUGCAGGCAGUCACCUCGCCUUCUAGGAUCACAGGUUUACGAGGUGGUGCUGUCGACCAUCUUGACCAAGAAAGAUAUACUUGGGUCAAAGUCAUGGCUUCUGAUCACGCAUCACCACCAGUUCCAUACACCCGUUUGAAGGAUAUCACUGAAAGUGCAUGCGAAGCAGCUCUCUCUGGGGUGACCUCUUAUUCACACGCCGACACAGAACGGUGGAACACCACCAUCAUCAACUCAAUCCUCGGGGCUCUGGUUCAAGAGACAACUCAGCAGCCGUCAGCAUCUACCAGCAACUCAACCAGCCCUCCACCUCCCGCGCAACCUAACUUCAAAUAUGUCGUCAACAGCACCAUUAUCCAGCACGCAAGCUCGUCGUCCACCACAGGCACGGAAACUGAGGUGAAAAAGUUGAGUGGGAGACGUGGGAUGCAUGCCGCGUCUGGGGCUUACUGGAAUAACGAAAAGGAUGGUAUGUGGAGUUUCAAGUAUCCCGGUGCCGAUAGCAAGGGCUUGGAUGUUGUUGUCGGCAUCAUCUGGGUCUGGGUCGGUUAAAGCCUUGGGUCUCGUGAACGCACAUGUCUACCGACUCGGAUUCGUGAAAUUGCAUACGAGCUUGGCACAAGAGGUUUGAGGAUGCUGAAAGAGUUGAAGUUAUGUCGACGGACUGCCAGGAAGGUUUGCUCGCAUCGGCUCGCAUCACUUGCAAGCGUUGACGGUGACAAAGGAGGAUGUGCAAUACACGGUCGGACGCAUGGUAAAGAUGUCUUAAAAGAUGAAGCAGAGUGGUUUGGUUUGACAUGUCGCGGUUGCUAGACUACGGGGCUCGUUUGACAUGGAGAUGCGUAAAAAAACAUGAGGCUACAUCAAGUGAGAUGAGCUAAAAGAACUAACAAAUAUUUUCUUUUGAACCAUCGGGACGUCUCUCCGUCAAGACAGAUUUCAAGGACGAUUCUGGGCUCCACUGGGCCGGACAGUGUUGCUAUGAAGGGCAUCCUUGGGGUCUUUUGUGGUUGUCCCUCGACCGGACAGGAGCGGGUCCAGGUACGGGGACUAUGCAGAAUGGCGAAUAAAAUGAAAAUGAUUGCAUUGUCAACUACAGAUCUGCUGCUCCAUCGAGUGCAAAGGGG